UGCAGUCUCGCUGUCCCCAAGCUGCUGCAGCCUCAUGGCAACAAUAGCGCUGGGCCUCAUUGUAGGUUGGUGGCUGGAGGCAGUGAGCAGAGCACAGCAACGGACGUACCGGUGCCAGUAUCAGGUGCUGAAGGAGUUGAAGACGUCAGAGAAGAGUGACCCUGUGCAUUUGGUGCUGACAGAUCACAGCUUCCCCCCACCCAGCAUUUCCCUGAGCCCUGGGGACGUGGGGAUGAGGACCAACAUCACCAUCCGCUGCUGGAACAAGGAUUAUGGGGCCACUUUCCUCCUGCACAAGGAUGGGCACUCGGCCCCUCUCCAGCACCGGGACCCGGAUGAUGGGAGCACGGCCACCUUCACCCUCUUUCGGGUGACCCCAGCUGAUUCCGGCACCUACAGGUGCUCCUACCUCAUCAAGGGCUACUUCCCCUUACUGUCCUCACCCCGUGGGGACAACGUGACAGUGGACGUGACACCCACACCUGCCCACCCAGGUGCUGAGGUGCAGUCGGACAGGAACCCGGUGGUGGCAGUGGUGGGGGGCUGUGCUGCUGCCCUUGUCUUCAUCCUCAUCCCAAUCGUCUUCUUCCUCCUCACUGCCCGCAGAUGCCAGAUGUGGAGAGAUGAGAGCCAUGGUGCACCCCCCCAGAAGGCCAGAGGCUGAGCAGCUCCAGUGUGCUUCUGACCCCGGUGUAGUUUGAGGAAGUAUUCCGACUUCAACUCGUUCACUUUCUAGGAUGUGGCUCCUUGCACCAAUCAGCAGGCUCCUUGGGUUACGCUUGAGGUACCCCACAUCUUUCCCAUUGUUUCUGCUCAACUACUUUUACAAUACAACAAAUCAGCCCUUUCCUCACCCUUGCUCCUCAUCCUCCCUAAGCCCAGUGCCAGCACCACCUGAUCAGGACACUCCCCACGCACACUCGCUCUCAGGUUCUCUCACACCCUGCCAGAUUCUCCCUGCAGCUUGGCCAGCUCGGUGCUGCUGUACGGGGUCUCUUUGUGAUCAUCCCGGUGGGUCCUUCAUCCUCGUGUUGGUGUUCAGAGGUAAUGAGAUGGAGAAGG